AUUUUGUAAUGUUUUGAUUGUGCUAGAUUUUCGUCAAACAAAUUUUAUUGAUACAUGUAUUUUAAUAUAAAAAAUUAAUGAAAUGUUGGGAACAAGAAAAAAAGGAGUUGAAUUCAUUAAACAUAUAUCAGACAUAAUAGCAAAAUCAACAGGAUUUGAAAGAACGUUGGAGAAGGUAAAAAUUACAGAUGGCGGUGAUGGUAGAUGUACUGCGGAAUUUACAGUUUCUGAAGAACACUUGAAUAGGGGUGGAGGCUUGCAUGGUGGAUUUACAGCAACAUUAAUCGAUAUGAUCACAACUUACGCUCUCAUGUCGAAACCUUGUCAUGCUGGAGUUUCUGUCGAUAUAAACGUAAGUUAUAUGAAAGCUGCCAAGAAAGGUGAUGAAGUCAUUAUAGAUGCAAAUACAAUAAAGGCUGGUAAGAAGCUGGCUUUUAUUGAGUGCGAAUUACGACACAAAAAAGAUGGCUCUGUUAUAGCAAAAGGAUCACAAACAAAAUUUGUAGAUUUUUAAUAAUGUGUUUUUUGUUAAAUUUUCAUAAGGUAGUUAAAAUGCUUUAAGCUUAAUUAUUGUUGAGAUCAGUAUACAAUAAAACAAUUUAUUUAUUUAUU